AUUAUAUAUUUCUACCUUAAAAAGGAUUAUGUGACACGGCUUAAAUUUGCUAUUUUUCCACUGCAAAAAUUCUGAAUUCAAAGUUAUAUCAAGAAAGAUAUAUCAAACCAAGAAAAUAAGAACAGAAUUGAAAAGCCUGUAUUAGUAAAGGCCAACCCAAUUUAAACUGGCUUCUUACCCAUUCCAUUUUAGUCACGCUUCUUCAGAGGCCAUGAGCCCAUAACAUUUACUCUGGCGCAAAAGAUCAAGCCUCUGGUGCCUACCGACUGUUCGAUUGUAUUACCGAGAGAGCUAAGAAGGGAAAAAAAACACCUCUCCCCCUCCAAUGACCUCCAUGUUUAGAAGGGUCGCGACGACUUUAAGAUCACUAGCAUAUCCUCGUAAUCUUUCAUGGGCUUAUAGUAAAUUUUCAAGACCUUCAACUACAUUUCCUGCUAAAGAAGCUGAAUCAGUGCACAUCCCACCUGAUAAUAAUCAGAAGGGAGAUUCUUUUGGUAAUUAUACUAACAGAAUUCAGCUUUCACCAUUGUGUUCAGAGAGCAGUGGACAUCAUCUGCAGGAUUGCAAGAUUGAGCUUGUAGAUAAUGAAUCUUGGCAGAUGUCUUCUGGUUUAAUUGAGGCCUGGAAAGGGAAAACUAAGUCGGGUUGUGAGGAAAAAGCUUUCCUGAGUGAAGAAGAGGAGGAUAAGUACAAUGGGGUGUUGAGUUAUGUGCCUCCAAAUAAGGAGGACCCUGAUUUUGAUGAGAUUGAAGAUAUGAGGAUUCGUGGUAAUUUGUUUUAUAAGCUUGAUAAGGAUUCUAAGGAGUAUGAAGAGCAUAAGUUUGAUUUCCAUAGGAAGAAAUCUUCAAAGAACAAGAAUGAUCAGAAGGAGAACACGAAGAAGGAAAAACAGAAUCAUAAUGUGGCUGCAGGAAUUGAAAAAAAUUCGAUUAAGUUUAAAGAUGAGUUGAAAGAAAUGAAGAAGAAGGAGAAGUUGUGUUCUAAUUCUGGCCUAGCCAAGGAAAGAUAUCAUGGAGUUGAUAGGAAUGAGGAUUUGAUUGCUGGGAUUAAUGAAGUGGGAGGCGAUUUUGAUGGAAAGAGGUUGAGGACUCCCACAUUUAAUCAGUUUACUGCUCCAUAUCACGAACCGUUCUCUCUGGAUAUUUAUGUGUCCAAAGGUUCUGUGCGUGCCAGCAUUAUUCAUCGAGCUACUAGCAAGGUUGUUGCCGUGGCACAUUCUAUUUCCAAGGAUAUGAAAUUUGAUCUGGGGUCGACCAAGAAUAGGACUGCUUGUGCUGCUGUUGGGGAAGUGCUGGCACAGAGAGCCUUGGCUGAUGAUAUUCACAAUGUGGUAUAUACACCGAGGAAGGGAGAGAAAUUGGAAGGGAAAUUGCAGAUUGUGCUUCAAUCCAUUAUUGAUCAUGGAGUUAAUGUGAAGGUGAAGAUUAAGCAAAGGAAAGUCAGGAAAGGUGGUCUCUUCCAACCAAAAACUUACAAGUAAUGUCGAUUAAAAUGGUUAAAUUAUUUAGAAAGGCACGCACUUUGUUUAUGAAUGCAGCAAGUUAAUUGAAAAUUUAGUUCUCUUA